CAUAUUUUAUCUAUUCUAUACAUUUUUGAUCAUAAGAAUUAGUUAUUAAAUUAUUUAUAAAUUAUCACUAUCAAAUUUGAUUGGUUAUCUGGUUAAGUACAUUAUUUUCUUGGGACCUGAAUAUCAAUAGUUAUUCAAUUGUUGUACCUACCUUUUUAAGUAACUUCAAGAUCAUAAUAAAAGAGAAAAUUAAAUAAAAGUAUUAUUUUUAAUACAGUAAUCAGUUUCUGAAAUAUACAUUUUAAACCAUAAAUUAUUGAUCUAUACUAAAUUACCUGCUAUACCUACAAAUGUCAACUAUCAUUUUAUUAAAUAAACAAAAAACACCAAAACUAAAAACCUGUAAUAAUAAUUUAAGGUGUAAUGCUAAGUAUAAUCAAAUCCAGUCAUACAUGCUGUGAUACAUAACGUUUCAUUCAGUAAAAAAAAAUGUUUAAAAAUGUUUUAACCUUUUUUUGAUUGUGUGUAACAUUUUAUUUUGAUGACCUAUAAUAUAGAACACAUUUAAAUUUAAAUAUGAGACAAAACAGUUUCUUCUUUCUUUACCAUCAUAUUAUGUUUGACGUUCGUGUUUGAUUUAAUACAAUCAUUUUUUAAUCUGUACUGACCUAUGACUUAUGAACUUUAUGCAUGUUUAUACUUUCAAACAAACAUGUUUAAAAAAAACUUUAAAAAGUAAUUUAAGUACUAGUUACUUUAUAUAUUUUUUAUUUAAUCAAUAAUUAUACCGUCUGUAUCCUAGUAACCAAAUUACUCAUUUUAUGUAUAGGAAAAAAAGAUAGUUCUAGGUACUUCAGUACUUGUAUAAACGUAAGUUGAUAAUAUCUUACACAGUUAUGAGUAAUAUUUUUACAUAACUAUCUCAAAGUCAAUAAUAUAAAUUAUUAAACCUAGUGACAAUGGUUAUUUCUUUAUUGGGUAUCACUCUUUAUUAGUAAUACUUGUGUUUAGUAAUGAAAUCAAUAAAAUCAAGAACAAAGCGUAUAGUACCACCUUUUAGUUCUCAAUCACGACAACCAAACACAAUUGUAGCUGGUCCUCCUCGAUCACGUUCAUGUCAAACACCAAUUGGAAAUACUGCAUUUCGUCGUUAUUAUGAUAGAGGUGACUUUAUGUUGUCUGUCGAUAGUGGGCGAGUUAUGUGGAAAACAUCAUUUGAAAAUAUAGAUUAUCACCAUUACUUACCAAUUUUUUUUGACGGAUUACGUGAAGUUGCAUACCCAUACCGUGCAGUGGCAGAGCGUGGAGCUACAGAUAUGCUAAAAAACGGUACACCAGAUCGUAUACUGCCUGUGGUGCCGCAAUUGAUCAUUCCAAUAAAAUUAGCACUUAACACUGGUCAUCCAGAUGUAGUUAUAGCAACAUUGAAAAUGGUUCAAACCUUAGUAACAUCAGCUGAUAUGGUAGGAGAAGCUCUAGUACCCUAUUAUAGGCAAAUUUUACCACCUCUCAAUGUAUACAAGAAUCUUAAUAAAAAUACUGGCGAUGGCAUUGAUUAUGCUCAAUAUCAACAAGAAGAUGUCGGGGACUUAGUGAAUAAUACUUUAGAAAUUCUUGAAAGACACGGAGGAGCUCAUGCUUUUAUUAAUAUUAAAUACAUGAUCCCAACUUAUGAGUCAAGUGUGGCAAACUAAUAUACUACAUUAUCAUAUAGAUCCUAAACAUUUUAAUUUCUCUAAUUGAUUUAUUAUUUCCUUAAAAGUAUAUUUUAGAAAUCUAAGUAUCUAUUAGAUGUUUGUU